AUGGCUUCUGUUGAGGAAAAGCUCAAACCAGGAGGUUUUGUCAGUGGUGGUCAUAAUGUUCUUGAAGGGAUCAAAUUAUUGAAGGAAAUGAAUGACCACACUGGCAUAAGGAAGCAAAUAAAUUCCGAGCUGUGGCAUGCUUGUGCUGGGCCACUUGUUAGCUUGCCUCAGGUUGGAGGCCUUGUCUACUAUUUUCCACAAGGACAUAGUGAACAGGUUGCGGUUUCCACUAAUCGAACUGCAACUGCUCAAAUACCAAACUAUCCGAAUCUCUCCCCUCAGUUGCUGUGCCAAGUUCAUAAUGUUACGCUUCAUGCGGACAAAGAGACAGAUGAGAUCUAUGCUCAAAUGAGCCUCCAGCCUGUGAAUUCGGAAAAAGACAUGAUCUCUGUACCUGACUUGGGACUGAAGCCCAGUAAACACCCAACCGAGUUUUUCUGUAAAACGUUGACAGCAAGCGACACGAGUACACAUGGAGGAUUCUCAGUUCCUAGAAGGGCUGCAGAAAAGCUCUUCCCACAAUUAGACUACUCUAUGCAACCUCCUACUCAAGAACUCAUUGUCCGAGAUUUGCAUGAUAACACUUGGACUUUUCGGCAUAUAUACAGAGGGCAGCCCAAGCGGCACCUGCUCACAACGGGUUGGAGUAUGUUUGUCGGCUCGAAGCGGCUUAGAGCUGGCGACUCGGUUCUUUUUAUUAGGGAUGAAAAAUCACAACUUCUGUUGGGAGUUAGACGAGUUAACCGCCAGCAAACAACUUUGCCAUCUUCAGUUCUGUCUGCCGAUAGCAUGCACAUAGGAAUUCUUGCUGCGGCUGCUCAUGCUGCUUCUAGUCGAAGCCCAUUUACGAUCUUUUACAAUCCAAGGGCAUGUCCCUCAGACUUUGUUGUUCCGUUUGCCAAAUAUCAAAAAGCUGUUUAUAGCACACAGCUCUCAAUCGGUAUGAGAUUCGGUAUGAUGUUUGAAACCGAAGAAUCCACUAAAAGGAGGUAUAUGGGGACAAUCACGGGCAUAAGCGACUUAGAUCCACUGAGAUGGCCUAAUUCGAAGUGGCGUAGUCUUCAGGUGGAAUGGGACGAGCCUGGGUGUGGUGACAGGCGAAACAGGGUCAGCCCGUGGGAAAUCGAGACUCCGGAAAGCAUUUUCAUUUUCCCAUCUCUAACUGCCAAUCUCAAACGUCCUUUCCACUCGGCUUUCAUUGGAGGGCAAACAGAGUGGGAGACUUUGAUUAACCGACCCCCUUUCCUCCGAAUUCCCGAAAAUACCCCUCAAGAUAAUAUCCACUGCCCCUCUAUAUCAACGAGCCUGUGGUCUGACCAGCUGGUGAGAAUGCUCAUGAAUCCUCCCAUGCAAAAUGAGCCCAAAAUUGGUGCUUUACCACCACAAGAACUCUACACUCCACCAAGCACGUUUUUUCAGCGAGAGAACAGUAAUUUCGCAAAUAUGGGCAUAGUAUUACUACCCGGAAUGCCUGCCAACCUCGGCCCGUGCGACGAAAAAUCAUACGGAAAGCCCGAAAUUUCUGCCUUGGGACAAAACAAUGCAUGUGACGUCAUUCAGGCCCAAGAAAUCGAGCCAGCCCAGUUGGGGCCCGCAGACACGAACGAGCUGCUUGAGGAGGGGCGGGUCGAAUUUAUUAUUAGUAAACCCGACCAGCCGCCCACACUGCCAGGUGUAACUGUGAUAGGCCAAGAACCGUGGGACCCGCAUUUCAACAGUGGGAAUCAGGACAUUUUCAACAACUUCCAGUACAACUCGUGCGAUCUGAAGGAGCUGCCGAUCGUGAACAAUAAUAAUAACCAGAGUGGGGACAUUAUUUUCGGCGGCUGUCUGAAUCUCGACGGGAGCAACAACAGCGGGAGCACGGUGAUCGACCCAUUGGUUUUCGAGGAUUUUUGCAAUUUUAAGGGUGUCGAUUUUCAGAACCCGUCUGACUAUCUCGUGGGGAAUCUUUGCUCGAACCAGGACGUGCAGUCCCAGAUCACGACUGCCAGCCUGGCAGAUUCCCAGAAUUUCUCGAUACACGAGUAUGCAGACAACUCGGGUGGGGCAUCCUCGAGUAACGUAGAUUUCGAGGAUAAUGCUACUAUUUUGCAGCAUGGCUCGUGGAAGCCCGUGGCCCCAAGGUUCCGAACGUACACUAAGAUUCAAAAGGCUGGAUCUGUUGGGAGGUCGAUUGAUGUCUCGAGCUUUGGAAAUUACGACGAGCUGAGAUCUGAAAUCGAGCGUAUGUUUGGUCUGGAGGGCCUUCUCAAUGACUUGAGUUCCGGAUGGAAGCUUGUGUACGUGGAUUUCGAGAAUGAUGUUCUUCUUGUCGGUGAUGAUCCUUGGGAGGAAUUUGUGGGGUGUGUGAAAUGCAUCCGAAUUUUAUCACCAUCUGAGGUUCAACAGAUGGGGGAAGAAGGAAUGCGGCUUUUGAACUCUGUACAAGGAAUCACUGAAUCUCUAAACCGAGGAUGA